CCAAUCGCCUUUGAGGACGUGGCUGUCCAUUUCUCCCCAGAGGAGUGGGCUCUCCUGGAUCCUGGUCAGAAAGCCUUGCACUUGCAGAUCAUGGAGGAGAUUCAUGGGAUGGUGGACUCUCUUGCGGAUAACUGGGAAAAGAGCAAUGUAUGCACCAAACACAGGAAGCAUUUGGGACUCAAUGGGGGCCUUCCUAGACAUCAGCAAACCUACAGAGAAGAUGGAGGUUCUGCCAGAGAAAGACCCUAUAAAUGCAAUGUAUGUGGGCAGUGUUUUACCCAAAAUAUGGCACUUAUACUUCACAAGACUCUCAAUGAUGGGAAAGGCCAUUGUAAAUUGAAAGUUUCAACAAAAUGUGUUGCUUCUUACAAACUGCCAGGUCUUAGCCAACAAGAAAUCUUUGAAGAAACUGAAGAUAUCAUAAGCCAGGAGUGUAGGAAAUCUUUUCUCCAUUCGCACUUGAUUAAACCUAUGAGAUUCCACACAGGAAAGAAACCGUACAAAUGCCAGGAGUGUGGGAAAUGUUUUGCUGACAGUUCACAAUUGAUGAGGCACAUAAGACUCCACACAGGAAAGAAACCGUACAAAUGCCAAGAAUGUGGGAAAUGUUUUGCUUUCAGUUCAGACUUGGUGAAGCACAAAAGACUCCACACAGGAGAGAAGCCAUACAAAUGCCAGGAGUGUAAGAAAUGUUUUCCUUGGCAGUCAUCACUUCUGAGACACCAGAGCAUCCAUUCAGGAAAGAAACCGUACCAAUGCCAGGAGUGUGGGAAAGGUUUUGCUGACAGUUCAGCUUUGGUGAGGCACAAAAGACUUCACACUGGAGAGAAACCAUACCAGUGCCAGGAGUGUGGGAAAUGUUUUGCCUACAGUUCAGCCUUGGUGAGGCACAAAAGACUCCACACAGGAGAAAAGCCAUACCAAUGCCAGGAGUGUGGGAAGUAUUUUGCUGAGAGUUCAGCCUUGGUGAGGCACAAAAGACUCCACAUAGGGGAGAAGCCAUAUCAAUGCCAGGAGUGUGGAAAAUGUUUUGCUGACAGUUCAUACUUGGGAAGGCACAAAAGACUCCACACAGGAGAGAAACCAUACCAGUGCCAGGAGUGCGGGAAAGUUUUUGUUUGCAGUUCACAAUUGGUGUGGCACAAAAGACUCCACUCAGGAGAGAAGCCAUAUCAAUGCCCGGAGUGUGGGAAACGUUUUGCUUACAGUUCAUAUUUGAUGUGGCACAAAAGACUCCACACAGGAGAGAAGCCAUACCAAUGCCAGGAAUGUGAGAAAUGCUUUGCUUACAGUUCAGACUUGGUGAAGCACAAAAGACUUCACACAGGAGAAAAGCCAUACCAAUGCCAGGAGUGUGGGAAAUGUUUGGCUUCUAGUUCAGACUUGGUGAAGCACAAAAGACUCCACACAGGGGAGAAGCCGUACAAAUGCCAGGAGUGUAAAAAAUGUUUUCCUUGGAAGUCAUCGCUUCUGAGACACCAAAGCAUCCAUACCAGAAAGAAAGAGUUCAAAUGCCAGGAUUGUGGAAAAUGUUUUACUCAGAAUUCAUCCCUUGUAAGUCACCAGAGAAUUCAUACAGGAGAAAAACCGUAUAGAUGCCCAGAUUGUGGGAAAUGUUUUUCCUGCACUUCACACUUGGUGAGGCACAAAAGAGUCCACACAGGAGAGAAGCCAUACCAAUGCCAGGAGUGUGGACAAUGUUUUACUCAGAAUUCAUCGCUUGCAAGCCACCAGAGAACUCAUACAGGAGAAAAACCAUACAGAUGCCCAGAUUGUGGGAAAUGUUUUGGUUACAGCUCAGCCUUUGUAAAGCACAAAAGACUGCACACAGGAGAAAAGCCACACAGAUGCAUGGAUUGUGGGAAAUGUUUUACUCAUACUUCAUCCCUUAGGAAGCACCAAAGAAUUCACACAGGUUAAAAAACAUACGAGCACCAGACAUGUAGGAAAUGUUUUCUUCGGGGUUCAUACUUUUUGAACCAUCAGAGACUACAUACAGGGGAGAAAUCAUCCAAAGAGCUGGGACAAAAUUAAUAAAAUGUGUUGUAACAGGGAAAUGAUGGGCUCUGGACAUUCUGGUGCUGUAGACUAAACAUUCCCCAAUGAAACUGUGUAAUUCCCUUGGUUUCAAGUAGCACUUUACUGGACUUUGGACUGAUCUCUUAGACAACCUUCUUCCUGGUUUUGAACUCUUGUUCUUUGUUUUGCUUUGUUUGACUUGGGUCUGUUUUGGAGAACUCUUUUGCUUCUCUGGACAUUGGUAUCACCAUGGGACUGGCCUGUCUUUCCCCUGGUCAGCCUUUGUAAGUAAACAUCUGAUUUCAAACAGAUGCUUUGAGAAGUCCAGCCUAAGAUUUGUUAGAGUCAUCUUUCUUGUCAUUUGAAUCCCUAAGUUGAGGUCCUGUUCUUGGAGCAGCAGAAAGCAAGCUCCAUGUGACAAUCCUUCAGAGGGUUAAAUACGAUUGUCACUUAUUAAAAAUAUAUAUAAUUCCAUCAAUUGUUCCUCUGGGCAGUGCACAUCUAGGAAAAUAAUAGUAUAACAGUCUUUUCCUUUGGCUUGGCCUCAACAGAAGCACUGAAUUCAAUUCUGGGAUCCUGGCUGAAAACCAGCAUUCACAAACUAGAAAUUUGCAACAAGGUGGUAAAGCAGCUGGAAACUAUUUUUUUCCUCAAUAGUUCUUCAAUAUUUUUUCCAUAUGCUUCCAAAAUCAUUUUUCCUUAGGCCUUUUUUUUUACUUUAAAUAACAUGUUAAUUUAUCCUUUUUUGCUAAUUUUCAUAUUUCCUUAUACCAUUCUUCUAUCUUAAUUUCUACCUCUCCUUUCCAAUAUUUUGCUAUUAACAACCUUAUUGCUGUUAACAUCACUAUCAAAUUAUUUUCGUUUUCAUCUAUAUCGUAUAAAGAUAACAAUAUAGUUGCUGGA